AUGGCAGAUUUCGCUGAUUUGAAGCCUAUGAUCGCGGGCUCGAAACGUGCGGGCCGUCGCCGGCAGCGAGGCUCUUCUGGUCCAUCGAAGCGGGAACCAGUCUCGGUCGACGCAGACGAAACAGCCGACGAACUGGUGAUUGCUGGCAAGAAACGAAAACCAGCCGCAGAGGCCCUGGUGCGAAAACGGCCCUCGUCCAAGUACUACGGUAUGGACGACUUUUAUCUGGACCACCAGGCAAUGGACGAGUACACGUGGACGGCGCUGGUUGGGUUCAGCGCGAUCAGGAUCGGGUCGCCGCUGCUAUUUAUUCUACACUGCACAUAUCUGCUGGCUGUUCUCUACUUCAAGCACGGGUUCACCAUCGACGAGGAGGCGGCGCAGACCAUACCGAAGCUGAUGCUGCCGCUGUUGGCAAACCUUCUGCUGGUGCAUGUUUUCAACAAGUGGUAUUUUUCUACAAAUUACUACAAGCUGCGGGAGCCGAGCUGA